AUGGGCGUCCUCAAGACCGACGACCGGGAUCGGUGGGCCCAAACCAUCCUUGGUGUCGCGCUGGCCUUCCUCACCACUCACUGGGCCGCCAUCCUGCUCUCCUCCCUCGUCCUCCGCGCCGUUUACAAACGCUAUGCCUCGCCGCUCCGAAAAUACCCCGGCCCCUUCCUAGCCUCCAUGACCCGCCUCUGGAAAGUCAAAUCCACCGCCUCGGGCAGCACGCACCUGGAGCACAUCGCGCUGCACCGCAAAUACGGCCCCGUGGUGCGCAUCGCGCCCGACGAGGUGUCCAUCUCAUCACCCGAGGCCGCGCGCAGCCUGCUGAGCGCGGGCAAGCGCUUCUUCAAGACGCCCUUCUACGGCGUGUUCCCGCCGCCCGAGAACCCGGACAUUUUCACCGAGACGCGCGAGGACGUGCACGCCAUGAAGAAGCGCGUCGCCAACGUGCCAUACGGCAUGGCGGCCAUGCAGCAGCUCAGCCCGUUUAUUAAUGACACAAUUGAAUUGUUGAUGAGGAAGAUUGAUGAGCAUAUUGCGGCGGGCAGGGGUGUGUUUGAUCUGGGGGAUUAUUUGCAUUUCUUUGCGUUUGAUGUGCUCGGCGAGGUGGCGUUUAGCAGGAGCUUUGGGUUCCUGGCUGAGGGGAGGGAUGUGGAUAAUGCAAUCAAGACGAUUGACAAGUCGCAGACGUAUAACGGAAUUGUUGGGCAGGUGCCCGAGUUGGAUCACCUUCUGAGGCGGAACCCGCUGUGGCAGUUUAUCCCGUGGCUGAGCACCAAGAACGCGCUGAUUACGAGGAUGGCGCUCGAGGAGAUGGCUCGGCGGCAGCCGUUUGAUAAGGACAAUGGCGGGUUGUUGAGGAGCGGCGAUGGGAGGCAGGAUCUGAUGGCGAGCUUGAUCCAGGGGCAUCUCAAGGACCCGGAGAGAUUCAGGGAGGGGGAUGUGUUUGCGGUAGCGCACGGUGCCAUCUUCGCCGGCUCCGACUCGACCGCCUCGACCAUGCAGUCCUUCUUCUGGCACAUCCUCGACGACAAGCGCGUCUACCCGGCUAUCCUGCGUGAGCUCGAAGACGCCGUCCGCACGGGCACCAUCCCCGCCGACGGCAACCUCACCUGGAACCAGUCGCAGAACCUGCCCUACCUGCAGGCCUGCCUCAAGGAGGCCAUGCGCGUGCGACCCGCCGUCGGCCUCAACAUCACCCGGCUUGUCCCGCCCGAGGGCGCAGAAUUGGACGGUCACUUUUUCCCCGGCGGAACGUCCAUUGCAUGCAACGGGUGGGUACUGCAUCGGGACAAGGAGAUAUUUGGGCAGGAUGCGGACGACUUUAGGCCGGAGCGGUGGCUGGAGGACGAGGAGAGGGCCAGGAAGAUGGAAAGGUACAUGUUCCAGUUUGGCGGUGGCAGCCACUUGUGCAUAGGCAGGAACCUGGCACUGCUCGAGAUCAACAAGGUCGUGCCGAGGUUACUGCGCGACUACCGGUUCGAGCUAGCCCACCCCGGGCGGCCGCUCGAGGCCAACGCCUCGUUCUUUGUCGUGCAGUCGGGACUGGAGGUGUACGUCAAGAAGACGUAG